GUAACCUUUUCUUCCAUAAUAAAUACUCGUCAAAUGUCUAAGCUAUGUGUUGCAGUAGUCAGCUAUCUCUUCACUUCACGAGCUUCUUACACUUGCUUUGAGUCUUUUGAGAUCAUCUUAGUGUGAGAAUGAGUGUUCAAGGAAAGCCCGCUUCAGUUGGCCCAUGGGGAGGCCAAAGUGGUCAUGCAUGGGAUGAUGGAACGUUCACCACCGUAAGGCAAAUAGUUAUAGCACAUGGUUAUAGUAUAGACUCCAUUCAAUUUGAGUAUGACAAGAAUGGUAGCUCGGUUUGGUGUGAAAAACGUGGAGGAAAAGGAGGCAUUAAGUUUGAUAAGGUCAUACUUGAUUACCCACAUGAGUAUCUGACUUCAGUCAAGGGAACCUAUAGUGCAUUUGAUGUCUGGGGAAAUCUAUGUAUCCGGUCGGUUAGCUUUGAGAGCAACCGCAAAAAAUAUGGACCAUUUGGUGUUGAGUCAGGUACAUACUUCACUAUGCCAAAAACAGACUCGAAGAUCGUUGGGUUCUAUGGGAAGGCUGGUUGGUAUUUGGAUGCUCUUGGUGUUUACCUUCAACCAAUCCCUAAAGAGACUAAUCCCACGUCGAAAAUUGUUUUGCACCCACCUCAAACUGUCCCCCAAGGUGAUAAGAAACUCGAGCACUCAGUGAUUCAUGGAAAUGCAGGAGCUGAGAUCACCAAACAUAAGUUGGUGACAGAUACUGAGAAGUUGCAGCCAAAAGCUGGAGGUGGUGUGAAAAUACAUGGACCAUGGGGUGGUAUCGGUGGUAUCAUGUUUGACGACGGGAUAUAUACCGGUGUUAGACAGAUCAAUUUGUCACGCAGUGUUGGGAUUGUGUGGAUGAAGGUGUGCUAUGAUUUUAAAGGACAAGCUGUGUGGGGAAGCAAGCAUGGUGGCAGGGGAGGAUUCAAACAUGAUAAGAUUGUAUUUGAUUACCCAUCAGAGGUCUUAACACACAUAACGGGAACAUAUGGACCGUUGGUAUACAUGGGACCUAAUGUGAUAAAGUCACUGACUUUCCACACCAACAAAGGCAAACAUGGACCUUGUGGAGAAGAACAAGGACCUUCUUUUACACAUAGAAUUGACGAGGGUAAAAUUGUUGGAUUCCAUGGAAGAGAGGGCAUCUUUCUUGAUUCCAUUGGUGUUCAUAUUGUGCCAUGCAAAAUAAGUCCCUUUAAGCCAUCUCCUCAUAAUAACACUGGCAUAGGGGCUAAUAAGCUAGUUCUUGCAGUAAACGGCCAUGGCGAAAAGUUUGAGCGUGGAGUCGUGAAGGAACCAACAACAAACGGGUCUGGACCGUGGGGAGGCAACGGAGGUAAACCAUGGGACGAUGGUUUAUUUUCAGGGAUCAAGCAGAUAUUUGUAACAAGGGCAAAUGAUGCUAUCUCUUCAUUACAAGUCGAGUACGAUAAGAAUGGACAAUCUGUUUGGUCCGUUCAACAUGGUGGUCAUAGUGGAGUCGCCACACACAGGAUUAUACUCGAGUAUCCAAACGAGACGCUCAUCUGCAUUUCAGGAUAUUACGGACCACUGAACAAUUCAGACAAAUCUAAUGUUGUCAAGUCUCUGAGUUUCUACACGAGCCGCGGUAAGUACGGUCCGUACGGUGAAGAGACAGGGACGUUUUUCACUUCGACUAAAACACAAGGGAAAGUGUUGGGGUUACAUGGAAGAAGCAGCUCUUACUUGGACGCCGUUGGAGUUCACAUGCAGCAGCAGCAGCUUGGUGAUAAUAAGGCUCAGUUCAACAGGACUUCCUGUUUCAAGCGCUACUGAAAAUCUUGUCCUUACGACACAAGAACAACAUCUAACCUCGUAAUGCUUACAGUUUAUUACAAGUAAAAUAAAAAUGCGCCUAACCGCAUUGCAUUUCCUCUCCAGUGAAUAACAAUGUUUCUGUAGACCAAAUAAAUAUGAAAAUCUAGAGAAACAAGAAGCGAGUGUAAAAUAAAAUGAAGAAAAAUUGCAAUUUACUUGCUAUAAUCUGUUUAAUGAUAUGCUAAUUUGUAAGCUA